UGCAGUUGGCCAUUGUUGGCGCGUUGCGCACGAUGGACAAGUGUAGUGCGCGUCUUGGACACAGCGUUGCGCUCUCCGCAUUCCUUCUCCAGGAGUCCCCCACCAACUCGCUUCCUCGCCCCACCAAACCCCCCUCCCUACCAUGACAUUAGAAUAGUAGAGAGACCGUCUACAGUGACUGAGUGGACAGCCACUCUGCAGCCGUAUGCCCUGCGGCUAGUGUAAUAGUUUACAGAAAGUCCGAAAGUGCGACUUCUGAACCGCCGGCGCGCUGCCUAACUGCUCAGGAAAUACUACUGAGUUUUGAAACAUAAUUUCCCCAAAGGAGCGACGAGAUUCUGGAAUUACUUACUGGAGUUGUGGACAAGUGCGGGAAUAGGUUGUCGCUCAAGAGCAACUCAUCUUUCGAGGAAGGACAGACUUUUGAACAGCAGGAGUUCAGGAUGGAGAAAGCGUCACUGUUUUUGCCCCUUGUCAUUCUACUGAUACAAUGCCUCCCCAUUGUCCCUGUUACCGUGUCAACAACCACGCCCAAGGUGGAGGUCCAUGAGAACUCUGAUGCGGUUCUGAGCUGUGAUUUCCGGACAGAGAAGGAACAGAAUCCUCGAAUCGAGUGGAAGAAGAAAGGAACAGAUGUAUCAUUUGUUUACUAUGAGGGACACUUCAGAGGAGCCUUUGCGGGGCGUGCAAGGAUCAAGGGGGCAACGGUGACCCUACAGAGGGUGACCCAGAAAGACGCAGGCGAAUACCGCUGUGAGAUCACUGCCCCUCACGACACCAUCACCCUGGGGGAGACUAACAUCACCCUCGAAGUCUUGGUGCCCCCCCACACCCCAUCCUGUGAGAUCCCCAGCUCGGCCUUGACGGGCUCUGUGGUGCAGCUGCGCUGUAGGGACCAGCAGAGCAUCCCCCCAGCCACCUACUCCUGGUACAAAGAUGACAAGCCUCUAACCCCCUCCCGCAUGGCCAACGCCACCUACCACCUCAACCCAAUCACGGGCAUACUGGAGUUUAAGACUGUGGCGAGAGGCGACACGGGACAGUACAGCUGUCUGGCAUCAAACAAAGUGGGGCCGCCCAAGAUGUGUGAGGCUAAACACAUGAAGAUAGAGGAUGUAAACAUGGCAGGGGUCGUUGCUGCGGUCGUGGUCAUCUGUCUGGUCAUCGCCAUUUGUGGCUUCGGGGGGUACUAUGCACACCGUAAUGGCUACUUCAGCAAACACAGAGGAAGGUCCUUUUGGAUCCCUCAGUGUCAUGGUGUGGCCCACAUCAGCAGCCAGGACCUCCAUAGAACAAAAGACAAGACUAAUGCCAACUACAACCCUCCACCCCAAGAUCCUGCGGACUUCAAACACACCCAGUCCUUCAUGCUGUGAGGACAUCGACAACACCCUGGAAGACACCACACAUACCAGCAUCAUGACAACACUGGAGUAGUUUUAUUCGACCCAAAUGAAUAGCUAUAAGAAUAGUUAAUCAUUUUUUGGGGACUGACCAACCCUGCUCUCCUCACCCUUGUGGGUGGAUAGCAAGGAGGGACAGACAACUCUGCGUAGAGGCCAUUUAUUCCUCCUGUUUUGCUGUCCCUGGGCCUUCAAUGCAAGCCUAUUAUAUUAGUCACAUGGUACUCUACUCCCCUCUGGUGGCCAAGUUGUUAAACUACAGCCUAUUGCCAUCUUGUGGUGGACCCAUGGAAUUACGUCCCACACAUGCUCACUUCCCCCUCAACUGGCCAAAACAUGAACUACCUAAAUCUUAUUUUAUACCAAAGACUUGAACAUGGCAUCUGAGUGUAAUAUACUGUACAUAUUUUCUGAUGGCUAUUGGAUAAGCAUUGAUGUGAACUUAAGGGAAAGUUGUGGAUACAAGGUAGCCAUCACAUUAGGCCUCCCGAGUGGCGCAGCAUCUCAGUGCAAGAGGUGUCACUACAGUCCCUGGUUCGAAUCCAGGCUGUAACACAUCCGGCUGUGAUUGGGAGUCCCAUAGGGCAGCGCUCAAUUGGCUCAGCGUCGUCUGUGUUUGGCCGGGGUAGGUCGUCAUUGUAAAUAAGAAUUUGUUCUUAAUAACUGACCAAUCCAUUUUCUUCUGAGGGCAGUGCUCGCGUAGACCUCAUUCAGUCGGUUUGGAUUUUUAUUUAACUAGGUAGGUCAGUUAAGAACAAAUUCUUAUUUACAAUGACGGCCUACCCAGGCCAAACCCUAACGACGCAGGGCCAAUUGUGCGCCGCCCUAUGGGACUCCCAAUCACAGCUGGUUGUGAUACAGCCUGGAAUCGAACCAGGGUCUGUAGUGAUGCCUCCCCACUCGGGAGCCCAAAAUUACAUAGUCGAUGUCCUCGCCCCCCCCGUUAGUCUAAUUAGCACACAGGUAACAAAAAAAAAAAAAUCCACAUCAAAGUCCAUCUGUUUUAAGAUGGAGAAAUUGUUUUUUGCAUGGGCCGUACCCCAAUAAUAGUAAAGCAGUGUUGGUCAGAACAGGAGACAUCCCGAAAAACACCAGAGCUCACCACAAUAGUCUUAUGGAUUGCCUCCUCCAUUUUGAAUAUUGGCCAUCCACUAUAUUCCUUUCAGAACAGUGCAGGUGAAGGAGACACUUUGGGAUUGAUUCAAUCCGUAAUGACGAAGUUCAGUGCUAUGAUUGAAAUUAAAAGGCGAUGUUCCUAUUUUCGUAGACUUCCUUCACGUUGAACAUGUUGGCUCAAUCAUAAAUUACCUUUACAUUUCAAUCGUGCAAUAGCGCUGAAUUUCGGCAAUACUAAUUGAAUUGAGACCUUUGAGAUGGACCCCUGCUCACCCGAAGAUGCCUACAUUUUCUGUGAUGCCCAGUGCCUUUCAAAAGUAGUUGUUAUAUUCUAUCUAGGGGCUCUUUUGUAAGUGUUUUCUUGUUUUGUUUAAGCUAAAGUAUUAUUGUGCUACUGCAUUUUUGUCUAAUAGUGUAUGUUUCUUAGGCUAUGGAUGAAGGGGUUGCUGUAAGUUUAUUCUUUGUAAGAUGCUUAUUCAGUAUUAAAGAUUUUCUAUCAUAAA